GAACUUUCACCGGCCCAGUGCAUUUAUGGAUGUUUUGACGUCCCAUAUUCCCAUUGCGGGUCAGCCACGUUUAGCCUUCCAGCCAUGGAAGCUUCUCUCUUUUCAAAAUGUCAUUUCAAAUACUAGUUCACCUCUGGUACCUAUAUCUCUUUCUUUACGCGGCUUCAUACAAUACUCAAUAGAGUCCAAACAUGGCUUCUACAACUUCUACUGUCUUUCUUGCAAUCUCUCUUGUCCUGCUACCUAUUGCAGUACGAAGUGACCUUUUGUCUCCUCUUGUCGCCCCAAUCUUUGAUGAUGUGUGCAAACGCGUGGAAUGUGGAAAGGGGACUUGCAAGGCUUCUCAUAACAGCACUUUCUUUUAUGAAUGUGAAUGUGAUCUUGGAUGGAAGCAGACCCGUUUUGAUGAGGAUGAUCAUCUCAAGUUUCUCCCUUGCAUAGUUCCCAACUGCACCAUGGAUUAUGGCUGUGCAGCAGCACCACCCUCCCCUGUUGUAGACAAAUCAAGCAACACCAAUGGGUCCAUUUUUGAGCCUUGUCAUUGGAUGGACUGUGGAGGUGGUUCUUGCAACAAGACUUCAACUUUCACGUAUAGUUGUGAAUGUGGCGUGGGUUAUUACAAUCUUCUCAAUAUCUCUACCUUCCCAUGCCUCAGAGACUGUUCAAUCGGACUGGACUGUCAAAAUCUUGGGAUUGCAAUUUCAAAUAAGUCUACUACUCCAUCGUCUGUGUCAUCUGACAAUGGUUCAAACGAAGUUAGCUCAAAUCUGCGAGGAAAGUUCUAUUGGUGGAUGAUCCUGAUGGUGACUCUCGCUCUCCUUCAGUGGAACUAGAGCAAUACGGUAGAUGUUUAAAAUUUUGUUUGCCUUAUGCAGCUUGUGUAGUAUCAGUAUGUGAUUCAUUUCUGCUUCAGUUGUUGCGGUUAGUUCAUAGUUUUUCAGUUCAUAGGGAGUCAUGAUAUAUCUCAUGGCUUAGGGUGAAUAGAAUGGUAGAUUCUUUAGGGUGAAUAGAGUGAUAGAUUCUUUUGUUUAGAUGAAACGAUCCAUAUAUAUUUAUCGACGAUUAUACUCUAUAAUUUUCAUUAUUGGAUGAAUUAUGAUUUAUGCAA